AAGGAGGUUCAAAACUUUUAUAAGGUCGUCGGUUUAAUUCUCACUAGGUAUAAAUUUUCUUUUUUUUAACCCCCUUCUAAGAUCCUUCCUCCGCCACAGCUGGUGCCAUCGGUUUGUUGGACCAAAUGUGAAAGACCGAAGUCUGAUUUUGUCCCAAAAGCCAAAAGCAAAGCAUUCACUAGAAUUUUUAUCAGUUCAAAGUACAACAAUACUAACACACGGUACAACAUUCUGGAAACUUAUACUUUUCUGACAAAGAAAGUCAAUUUGUCAAGAAAACAUUUUUCUCUACUUGCUCAUUUCCAUUGCUCCAAUGAGUUCUCUGACCAUUUUACUUCAUCCUUCUCCAUUCUUAUUUACCAAUCCAUCAAACUCAAAAACCACCAUUUUCACUUUACACAACAGACCAAGAAUCUUGAUUCCUCAAGCUUCAUUUUCGACUUCACCAAAUUCUCCUCUUUGGACGAUUUCAGAGAUAGUCAAGGCUGUUAAUGGCAGAAUCAUUAGGUGGGGUCCACCUGGAACAAUCUGUACGGACACCAGAACACUUGAACCAGGACAAUGGUUCCUCCCACUUGUUGGCCAAAACUUUGAUGCCCACAAUUUCAUUACCCCUGAAUUAGCCACUAAAGGCUGUGUUGGAGUGAUUGGGAACUGGGUUUGUGAGGACUGGAACAAUGGGUUUGUAAAAGUGGAGGAUGAUACUGUAAGUUCUUUAAAAAGUUUGGGUUUUUAUGCAAGAAACAGGUUUACUGGUUGUUUAAUUGGGUUAACAGGAAGUGUGGGAAAGACCACUACAAAGACUAUGAUAGCAUUGGCUCUGAAGAGUGUUGGAAAUGUUUAUUACAGCCCAGGGAACUGGAACAAUGAGAUUGGGGUCGCGUUAUCGCUUAUUGGGAUGCCGAGGGAUGUGGGGUUUGGCGUUUUGGAGAUGGGGAUGAGCAAGAAAGGUGAGAUCUUGGAACUGUCUAGGAUGUGUAGGCCAAAUGUAAGGGUGAUUCUGAAUGUGAGUGCUGCACAUUUAGAGAAUUUCGCCAACUUGGAGGAGGUUUCCAUGGCGAAAGGGGAGAUUUUAAGAGAAGCAAUGCCGGGGGAUGUGUGUGUAUUGAAUGGUGAUGAUCCUCUUGUCAUGAGCCUCCCAGUUUCGGCUGGAGUUAAGAAGGUGGUAUUUGGUCGAAAGUUAGGUUGUGAUGUUCGUUUAGUUUCUUCAGAAAUCAAACAUGGAGGUCGCAGUAUACAAGUUGUUUUAGAGGCGUUCAACGAGAUGGUUAAAUUCGUAAUCUCCUGUCCUGGCCUGCAUCUGGCCAUAAAUGCAUGUGCAGCUGCUGCUGUGGCUACUGCACUUGGUGUUCCUCUUGCUCUAGCAGGAAAAUCCUUAUCCAGAUUUACACCUGUUCACAGGAGAUCAGAACUUGAAGUAGCUGAAAAUGGGAUUACAAUAAUAAAUGAUGUUUACAAUGCAAGUCCAGCUAGUACUCAAGCUGCCAUUGACUUGUUAAGAAACAUGGACUGCAAAGGUAAACGAGUUGCUAUACUUGGAGACAUGCUUGAACUUGGUCCAAUGGAAAUCAACUUCCAUGAGUUGAUGCUACAGAGUUGCUGUGAUGCGCACUUUGAUGUAAUUGCACUUGUUGGAACAAGGUUUAUACGUGCAGCUGAGAGUAUUGACUGUGCUCGGGAGAUAAAAGUGGUAUGCACCACUGAUGCUCGCCAGAUGGCUCCUAAAAUUAUCAAUUUUUUAAAUAGUGGUGAUGUCAUCCUUGUCAAAGGCAGUUGUCACAUAGGAAUGGAAGUGAUUGUAGAUGCACUCAAGUCUAUCCACUUUGGUGUCCCACGUGGGCCGGCUGAAGAUGCUUUCUUCAGUUUAGUGUUGUGACGAAUGAAUCUAAAGAUUGCAAAGCUUACAGGUGGUCCAGAUGAACUGCCUCUUUGUGGAUACUUUCUGCAACGUUAGCGCCAGAGGGUGUCAAUAAAACCAUACUUACUCCAGGAAUGACACACCAGAAAUCAGCUUAUUGUUCAAGAAGUCACUUAAGGUAAUGAGGCUUUUGAAAAUACACUCCGUGAGUACUUUACUCACUUUGACUUCCUUAGGAGACUCGGGAAAAUGUUCCAAGAGGAGACAUAAGAUUUAUGUCUGUGAACCUGUGAAGCAAAUGACAAAUUUACCAUUACGAGUAUCAGAAGCACGUUGAUUGAAAUCCCAACGAAAAUAAACGAGUAACUGAGUAAGAAGCGAAAUAGAACGACGGAGAUCAAGUUGCAGUUCAAACUAUGAACUUGAAAGGCCAUCCAUUGCAAGAUCUACCUCAUUAAUCUUAUUCAACAUCAUCAACAAGGUUAAACCUCAUUUUGGAAAUUUGGUUUUUGGUGAUUGCAAGCUUUUCGAUCACACACUCUAUGAGGUAUCCAUCAUCAUUGUCAAAUGGAUCAGACCACCAAUUAUUUUUGUUAAACUCAAAUAGUUUAAGGAGCUAAGGAUCGUGGUGAUUAACCAUGGCAUCAUCACGAGGCAUGGUUUCAGAGAGGCAAACAAGGUAGCCGAUAAAUUGGCUACUCUGAGACAUUCAACUGAUGAAGUGUACAUAUACCACAGCUUUUGAUAUUCUGCGACGCCAGAUUAGAGGCUCAUUGAAUGCCGAUAGAUGGCAACUUCCAUCAUUUCGAGUCAAAGGCUCAUUGAAUGCCGAUAGAUGGCAACUUCCAUCAUUUCGAGUCAAGAGGAGAAGCCAUCACUUUUUUGUUUUUUGAAGGAAAGUUAGUUGAGCUAAUGCCUCUAACUGGAUUUAUCUCGCUCACAUCUUGUAAAGAAGGUUUUUGGUUAUAUCCCCCUUCUUCAUUGUACUCAUUUCAACGUGGCAAUAAAAUCGUGACUUGAUUAAGGGGAAAAAAAGAAGAAAAAAUUACAGUUAGGCUAUGUAUAUGGCUCAUGAUCAUAUACAUUACAUUUUAUUUUAUAGGAUCGUAUUAUCAUUUCCUUGUAUGGGAUAACUGGGUUUGUUGUUGUUGUUGUUAUUGUAUUAUGAUUUCCUUUCUAAGAA